GUAGCUCUAUAGCCUUCUCAAUCGGGUUAGCAGACUUCGGAACAUUGAGAGUCUCAAGUGCCCUAAAAUCGAUUUCAGCAUUUCAAAGCCCGCCUUUGGAAUACCCAACCCUGAGCUCAUGCGAUGGUCUUCCGGCUUGGCAACGACGUCACUCUCAACAGCUCAAAAAAUAUCCACUUGAGCUUGUCGCGACAUGUGCAACUCGACGCCGAAGCGAACGGAUUAACCCCUUAUUUAGUGGCCAGAUCUUGGCCAAACUCGGUCAAACAUGUCACAACCACCAAUCUCCCCGUUCCUCCGGGCUUGGUACAAAUGGAAAAUGCUGCGCCUGCCCUGGCGGCGCCAAUUCCUGAUCGGCCUCGACCUAAACGGAAACACCUACUGGGAAUUUCUCGACCGCGGCUCCCGCCUGCCCUCCCCGGAUCCUUUGCACCACCCGCUCAAAUCCCCCGUCCGCUGGCGCCGCAUCGUGCGCUACCCGCGCGGCGCCCCCUACUCCUCUUCCGUCCCGAUCCCGCCUGCCUGGCACCAGUGGCUGCGGCACGCGCGCGCCGACCCGCCCUCGCUGGCAGAGCAGCAGGCCGAGGUCGCGCGCCAGGAGCGCAUCCGCGUGCUUGCGGCGCAGGCCGACGCCCGGUGGGAGGCGAAACCGAAAGUUAUGGAGGGUCCCAUGGCGUCGGAGACAAGGAAAAAGAUGUUGGGUGUCAGGGAGCCUGCUUUGGAGACGGAGCGGCAGGUUGGGCCUGGGAGUAAGGUUGUGGCUGAGGCCAGGGCGAGGGAAGACAGUGAGGUGAAGGGAGAUACGGUAGGGGCCGGGACGGGAGAGGAGAGGGCGGGUGAUAGCGAGGUUGUGGAUCAGCGCGAGCAGACGUGGGAACGGCUGAGGCGGAAGGAGGAGGAAGCUGCUGUUGGGGCGAAAGAGAAGGACCCCUGGAAGCAGGCCAGGGGAGGAUCGAGGGAGACGUGGCAGCCACAGGCUUGGGCACCGGCUGCGAGAGAAAAGAAAUGAGGCGGUGAGAGAUUGAGUGAACAAGUCAUUCAAGUGAAUGCAACAAUCGCGGGCGAUGGACAGCCGUCACUUGAGUCCAACCAAGGUCCGAUUGCUCACGAGGAACGGAGGAGGAGGGAAACAACUUACCAGGCCCAACGUGACUGAGGGCGAAUCCCUGAAUACGCCCGUGUACAACGUUGUAUGCGUACACACAUGUUGAUGACUCUAAUAGCCGGAUGUUGUUUGUUCAAAAAUGUAUAAUUCCAGCACGUGCCUGACCAACUAGAGCC